GUGGUGAGGGAGGUGAGGGCUUCUCCGCGGGCCGGACACCGAGCAGGGAGGGGAGAGGAAAAGUGAGGAGAGCUAAGCGGGCGGUCGCCCCAAGACUCUGGCCCCGCGGAGUUUGUUUGGAUUUAAUCUUGAGGUUGCAGGCGCCCGCCCGCCUGAGGGCCUCGCGGGGCUGAGAAGGAAGCACCGGUGCUUGUGGCUGGCGCCUGCCGAGUCCCCGACGCUCGCCCGUCCGCGCCGCUGCCCGUGGCCGCCGCGUCUCUGAACCGCGGGAUCGUGUUUGUGUUUGAUCCGCGGGCGCUGGCGGCGUGGCACGCGGCUGAAGCCGGUGCCAGCGGGGCGGGGCCCGGCGCAGCGGAGGCGGAGGAAGACGGAGCGGGAGUCCGGGCAGGCCCGGCGGCGCCAUGGAACUGGGCCCGGAGCCCCCCCACCGCCGCCGCCUGCUCUUCGCUUGCAGCCCCACUCCUGCGCCUCCGCCCACGGGGAAGGUACUCUUUGGCGCGUCAGCUGCUGGCGGACUGUCCCCUGUCACCAACCUGACGGUCACCAUGGACCGGCUGGAAGGGCUGGACAGUGAGUAUGGGAAACCAGUGGAGGUGAGAAGCAACAGCAGUCUACAGAGAAUGGGCUCCUCCGAAUCCACUGACUCAGGUUUCUGUCUAGAUUCUCCUGGGCCAUUGGACAGUAAAGAAAACCUUGAAAUUUCCCUGAGGAGAAUAAAUUCCCUACCUCAGAAGCUCUUGGGAUGUAGCCCAGCACUAAAGAGGAGCCAUUCUGAUUCUCUAGACCAUGACAUCUUUCAGCUCAUCGACCAGGAUGAAAAUAAAGAAAAUGAAGCAUUUGAAUUUAAAAAGCCAAUAAGACCUGCAUCUCGUGGCUGCCUGAAUACACAUGUGCAUGAGGAGAGUAAAGAUCUCUUCACACACAGGCAGAAUUCAGCCCCAGCUCAGAUGCGAUCUUCAAGUGAAAGUGAAUCAGGAAGUUUUAGUCCUCUUUUUACACCCCAGUCACCUGUGAAGGCCACUUUGUCUGAUGAAGAUGAUGGCUUCAUAGACCUUCUGGAUGGAGAGAACCUGAAGAAUGAUGAGGAGACUCCAUCAUGCAUGGCAAGCCUCUGGACAGCUCCCCUUGUCAUGAGAAGACCUACAAACCUUGGUGAUCGGUGUAGGCUGUUCGACUCCCCUCUGCAAUGCAGCUCCGGUGGCAGCGCCAGCACUCCCACAGUGCUGAAGAGAGCAGAUCGACCCCACGAGGAGUCUUCUCGAGGGAGUACAAAGCGGAGGAAGAGCACAGCCAGUCCUGUGAAAGCAGAUAUUCUAGAGCCAACCCAGGAGCUUCUACACCAGUCUUUAUCCCUGACAUCUUCCCCCAAAGGAACCAUUGAGAACAUUUUGGACAGUGACCCAAGAGACCUUAUAGGGGAUUUCUCCAAGGGUUAUCUAUUUCAUACAGUCUCUGGGAAGCAUCAGGAUUUAAAAUACAUUUCUCCAGAAAUUAUGGCAUCUGUUUUGAAUGGCAAGUUUGCCAAUCUCAUUAAAGAAUUUGUUAUCAUUGACUGCCGAUACCCAUAUGAAUAUGAAGGAGGUCAUAUCAAGGGUGCUGUGAACUUGCACAUGGAAGAAGAGGUUGAGGACUUCCUACUCAAGAAACCUAUUGUACCUACUGAUGGCAAGCGCGUCAUUGUUGUAUUUCACUGUGAAUUUUCUUCUGAAAGAGGCCCUCGCAUGUGCCGGUAUGUGAGAGAAAGAGAUAGGCUUGGCAAUGAAUACCCCAAACUCCACUACCCUGAGCUGUAUGUCCUGAAGGGAGGAUACAAGGAGUUCUUUCUCAAAUGCCAGUCUUACUGUGAGCCCCCCAGCUACCGACCAAUGCACCAUGAAGACUUUAAAGAAGACUUGAAGAAGUUCCGUACCAAGAGCCGGACCUGGGCGGGGGAAAAGAGCAAAAGAGAGAUGUACAGCCGCCUGAAGAAGCUCUGAAGCCAUGUGAUAGAGCCUGAGCUUCCCUCUGCCCCUUCCCUCUUCCCUUUGCUGCAGAGCAGUAAGCAAAGGGCCUGGCUGGCUGUGCAGUACGUGGAGAAAGACCUGGGGCUUCCACGCCUCGAACCUGUCUCCUAUGCUUCCAGGUUGGAGAGCCCAGGGCAUCCUACUGUUACACUCUUUCGUCCUUUAAGACUCCUUCCCUGUCAGGACUGUGCCAAAGCUGGACACACCACAGCACAGUGUGUGCUCUGGAGCACCGCAUCAAGUUGCUCUGACUGAGCAUCCCCUGAAGAAGUAGCUGGGGCCUAUUGGGCAGACCCUGGCCCUGUCAUGAGGGGAGAGAAGCGACCGAAGUGCUGCUGGCCAAACACCAAAGAUAGGCUGGAAGGGAAAGGUUCUCAUGGAUGACCCAUGACUUUAAUUUAUUCAGCUUCAUCAAUUAUUUUAUUGUUUUUUAAAUUCCUCAAGACUUUUACUUUACUGCUUCAUUAAGUCAAAAUACUGCCAUUCUAGGUAGUUUUAUCAUCCUAGGAACUACCUCCACUUUUAAUUAAAAAAAAAAAAAAAUGGGGCAGGGAUUAGAAAAGGCAAACCUGUUAAAUUGUGAGCAGCGCUAGGAGCUCAGUCACCCCUAGGAGGCGCUGUGGACUGGGAUUGCUGCUACUCAAAGUCAAGGACUGAGAUGCUGGUAAGAGCCUGCACCAGAUCCAGGCUUGGCUACAGGACAUAAGCUAACCUUCCCAGACCUACCUCUGUCCUUUGUGAUGUCCUUGGGGAAAAAUUUAGUUUCCACUUCUCCUCGCCCCAGAUCCCCAUGCCAGUGGCUGGUGUAGGAGUUGUAGGAACGCACUUCAGCAGCUUUCACCGGGCCACCCCUGCUCAGGACUGGAUCGCUGCAGCGUAGAUACCCCAGGGUCUGAGUGGAGUCCGCAGGGUAAGGGAGCAUGCCCACUGAAUGUCAUUAAAAAAAAAAAAAAAGUCAGGAGUCGAGUAUCAAAUCAGUGUUGGAUGGGCACCCAAGGGAGAGAAGGGGGCAGAAGCCCGGGCCAUUAGGUGGAAAAGUGGGUCCUGGCCUGCAGAUUACUGUAGGAUUCUCAGGAGGGAGUGGUAAAUUUUGAAGUAAAAUGUUCUGGGUUUAUCAUGUUUUAAUUUGAGGGACAGGGAGUGAUGAAUCACACCAGUUACCCCCUUAUCUAACCCCAUGGAAAUGAGGCUCUUGGGACACCUCCCUUCUGAGGAGCUGGGCUGCUCUGACUGUGAAGCCUGUCCUUCAAUACCUUAAGGCAGCAGCCUCCUUGCCAUCUUUGCUCCAUGGGGGUAUGGCCAGGUUUUUCUUAGGGAAGGUCUCCCCUCUUACCUCUGCUUCCUAUUCUGGGGGUGGGGAGGGAAUCAGUGAUAUUGAAGAUGGAUAGUUGCUUUGUUAUGGGUUUGAGUUGCAUUUGGCUAUAAAACAAAUCUUGUUGGAAAAUAUGUGGAGAGCAAGGGAAUGAGCAGCUUCUUCCCCAGUGUGUUGAUGAGUCUGGUUUGUAGAGCUUCUGUUAGGUGAAUGCCUUGAAGAGCGGCUUUUGGAUUGUGCCAGCUUAGCCAGCAUUUGACCUACUGUUGCAGGCUCUGCAAAUAAAAGUGAUCUUGAACCCA